CGAGCGCGCGGUGGCCCUUCGCUUUUUUUUUUCUUUCUCCCCUUCCCGGCAUGCUCCGCGCAGCCGAGGCGUUGACGUCACCGGAGCCCGGUCUUCGCCGCCAUUGGAGUUCGAAGGCUCCUUCGGCUGCCUGGGGGAGUCUCCUUUUGCCUUCCGGCCUCUCCGUGUUUUUCUUUUUUUUCCCCCAAGGAAAGGCAAGGAUCCAGAAGUUUGGAGGCUAAGAAACGGGGAAAGCGAGAGGAAGGACCGGCGACCGCGCAGCAGCAACAGCAGCUGGCCUUUCCCCCCCCCUUCCCCCUACCCCGUCCCCCUCAUCUCGUGUCUGUGUGUGGAGGCGAAGGAUGUGAGGGAAGAAACGAGCGCGCGCACCGACGAGCCAGCGCGCGCGCGCGCGGCCCUCUUCCCCCCCCCUCCCUGCUUUCCCUUGACCUAACGCUCCCGCUCCCCUUUCCUCACUCCCCCCGCCUUCCCACGCACCCCCGCGCGUGCGCAUAGGCCCCCUUCUCGGGGACGGGGGAAGAGGGGAGGGAGGGAGGGAAAGAGAGAGCGCGCGCGCUCGUGCCUGGCCUGGCCCCGCCCCUCCACUCCUCUUCCCUUUCCCCCUCCCAGCUCCCCUUCCCCUUUAUUUCAGGGCGCAUGAGAGAUGUCUGCCACUAGCGUUGACCCCCAGAGAGCGAAAGGUCAAGAUAAUAAAGUGCAAAAUGGUUCUCUUCAUCAGAAGGAUACAGUGCAUGACAAUGAUUUUGAGCCUUAUCUUUCUGGACAGUCAAAUCAGAGCAACAGCUAUCCAUCAAUGACCGAUCCUUACUUGUCCAGUUAUUAUCCACCUUCUAUUAGCUUUCCCUACUCACUGAGUGAAGCUCCCUGGUCAACCGGAGGAGACCCUCAUCCAUACCUCACAACCUAUGGACAGCUGAGUAACGGCGAUCACCACUUCAUGCACGAUGCUGUGUUUGGACAGCCUGGCGGACUGGGCAACAACAUUUAUCCACACCGGUUUAAUUUUUUCCCUGAAAACCCUCCUUUCUCAGCAUGGGGAACGAGCGGCUCUCAGGGGCAGCAGACCCAGAACUCGGCUUACGGAAGCAGCUACAGUUACCCGCCCAGCUCCCUUGGGGGCACCAUUGUGGACGGGCAAACGGGAUUUCAUAACGAUACUUUGAAUAAAGCGCCCGGGAUGAACAGCAUCGAACAGGGAAUGGUUGGACUGAAGAUCGGCGGGGACGUCACGACUUCCGCCGUGAAAACUGUAGGCUCAGUGGUCAACAGUGCCGGCAUGGCGAAUGCCUUGUCCGGCAACGUCGGAUCGAACCUCAACCUGCCAGUAUCGAAGCCAACCUCCUGGGCUGCUAUUGCUAGCAAGCCUGCAAAGCCCCAGCCCAAAAUGAAAGCGAAAAGCGGGCCCGUAAUAGGAGGGGCUUUGCCUCCGCCGCCUAUCAAACAUAACAUGGACAUAGGUACUUGGGACAAUAAAGGCCCCAUGCCCAAAAUCCCAACUCCUCAACAACCGAUCCCCUCUCCUCAGUCUAUACCACAGCCACAGAUCAUCCAGCCAAUUCCUGCCCAGCCACCCCCGCUGACCCAGCUGCCCUACCAGAAUCCUCAGCCGCCGCCCCCUCAAAACCGAUGGGUGGCCCCUCGCAACCGCAAUGCAGCUUUUGGCCAAAGCGUAGGAACCGGUAACGAAAGCAACCCAGCCGGGAAUACCCCAGCGAACGCCAUCCCGGGUGGAGGAGGAGGAGGAGGCGGCGAGUCCCACCCCGUUCUCGAAAAACUGAAAGCCGCCCACAGUUACAACCCCAAGGAUUUCGAGUGGAACCUCAAAACCGGACGCGUCUUCAUCAUCAAGAGUUACUCGGAGGACGAUAUCCACCGUUCCAUCAAAUACUCCAUUUGGUGUAGCACAGAACAUGGCAACAAACGUUUGGACAGCGCCUUCCGCUCGAUGAAUAGUAAAGGCCCGGUCUAUUUACUCUUCAGCGUCAACGGCAGUGGACAUUUUUGUGGCGUAGCAGAAAUGAAGUCGUCGGUGGACUACGGCACCAGUGCCGGCGUGUGUGUCCCAGGACAAUGGAAGGGGAAGUUUGACGUCAGGAUCUUUGUGAAAGAUGUUCCCAACAACCAGCUUCGACACAUCAGGCUGGAGAACAAUGACAACAAGCCAGACAACUCCCGUGACACUCAGGAGGUGCCCUUAGAGAAAGCGAAGCAAGUGCUUAAAAUUAUUGCUAUGUACAAGCACACGACCUCCAUCUUCGAUGACUUUUCCCAUUACGAAAAGCGCCAGGAGGAGGAAGAAGUGGUACGAAAGGUAAACUGGCUUUAGACCAUUUUUAAUUCAGUUGGGGGAAGAAGUCCACCCUGGAGGUGAAUGGGAAUUGAGUUUGCAAAGGGACUGUGUUUUUUUAAAAAAAAAACAAAGAAAAAAAACCAACUUAUUUCGAAGAUAGAUAUUACACGUCCUUCAGAUUUAACCCAUAAGGCUUCAAACCCUACAGCUUUCUUUCCUUUUUUUUUUCCAAAUCUGCUUUAUUGUAAUAGGCCAAAAUUUGAGAUGUGUCUGCUUUGUUAAAUAUGGCUUAGUUUUCAGUGCUGUAAUGGAUGGUACAGGGCUUGGAGUAUACAGGUAGUCCUCGACUACGACCACAACCGAGCACAAAGCUUCUGUGGCCAA